AUGAACCUCAAGUCCUUGUUCCGAAUCGAAGCCCGACCUCUUCUCCAAUUUAGACGCCUCAGCACCACCCGUUCCUCCAAGAUGCGCCUUCCCUACGCCCCCUCUGAGCCGCCGACUGCGGACCCCGAAACAGCCGAGAUCUACGCCCGCAUCGCCGCCCGCCGGCGCCCUCGACCCCUCAUCCCCCUCGAUCUCUCCCUGCUGCACUCCCCGCCCGUCGCAGACGGCUGGAACAGCUUCCUUGGUGCCAUUCGUACGCAGACUGUAGUCGACCAGGGCCUCCUUGAACUCGCUGUCUCGAGAGUGGCCGUGAUCACGCAAGCCGUAUACGAGUGGAAUGCGCAUGCCCCGCUAGCUUUGAAGGGGGGAAUCAAACCGGAGGAAUUGCACGCCGUGCGAACGCUGCCCUCUACAGCAACCGGAGAUGUGGACGCGGCCGUAAAGGCUCUCGGGCAGAGUGCGUUGACGCCGCAGCAGAGGGCGAUUGUGAGGUACGCGGACGAAAUGACCCAGACGGUCAAAGUGCAAGACGAGACGUUUGCGCAGUUGCAGAAGGAGGGGUUCUCGGAUCGCGAGAUUGUGGAGUUGACUACGGGGAUUGCGUGCUACAACUGUGUGAGCCGGGUACUGGUUGCCUUGGACGUGGGAGAGAACAAUGCGCGAGAGAUGAAGAGCGUGGAUGAGCUAGUUGCGGGUUUGAAAUGA